UGGUCCCGGCCAUAUAUGCGCCGAUGAGUGGGAUGCGCGCUCCUUUCCGCGCGGUGCUGGGAGAUGCAAGGAGCGCUGCUCACUGCACUGCCUUGGUAGCACGGGCGAGCGCAUACAGCACGUAACAAACCGCUAUUCAAGCAGAUCGCGCUUGAUCUCGUUUGCCGAAAUACGAAAAUGGGUGGCAAGCUAAGCAAAAAAAAGAAGGCUUCCAAUGUGAGUGACGACAAGGCCAAGGACAAGAAGGUGGAAGGGUCUUCUGCGGAGGAGGGAGCAGCCCAGGAAGAGAACAAAGGCGAGGCCCCAGAGGCGGCCACCACCGACGUGGCCAAUGACAAGGCGCAGAAGGAGGCCCAGCCAGUGGCUAACCAGACAGGAAAUAAGGAGGGGAACAAGGAUGCUGCAGACAAGGAAGACCAGGCCAAGCCCACGGUCAACGGUGAGCCCAAGGCUGAGGUAACCACUAGCAAAGAGCCCGUCUCUAAGCAGGAGGACAAACCAGCUACCGGCAAGCAGGAAGACAAGGCACCACCUGCUGCUGCCACCAGCCCUGACCCUCCCACUAAGGAGCCUGAGGUGAAGCCCCAAGCCGUCACACUCUCGGAGUCCAAGGCGGAACCAGCCAGUGGAAAAGCGGAGAGCCCCGCGGCACCGGAAGCCAAAACCGAGGCUGCCCCCACUGCCCCGGAUGCCAAGGCCACAGAACCGGCAGCACCGACCGUGGCCGCUACUUCUCCGAAGGAAGCUCCAGUGAAAGAGGCAGUGCCGAAUUCAACAGCGGCCCCCGAGAGUGCAGCCCUGGAGGCCAACAGCACAGAAGCAUCCGCCGCCCUCAAGGAUCAAACCGUAGCAGUUAAAGAUUAAUGCACAAUGACUUUCCAAACAAAGUAAUUGGGGAAAAUAUAAGAAAAUAGCCAACCCAUAUUAUAGUCAUUUGUAUUUUUUUGCUGGAACUUUGAUACAAGUAUCGGUCCUACCGUUCCCCCCACCCCACCCCACCCCCCUGCCCUCACCGCGGUCUCCCCUACCCCAGUCCCCUGUACCCCAGUCUCCUUUCCAAACCAAUCAGGAUGUAGCUAGCUUACAAUGCUUGUCCUGCGAUGCUUAUACCAUUGCUGUUUCUUUCAGUAAAAAGAUACAGAAAGGGAGGAAUCCUCGCUUUUUUUUUUUUAUCCUUCCCCAAACCUGUUCCUAUGCCUUUCUUCUCCAGGGUGCUGUGUUUUCUAAUCUACCUGUUGAUUUGGUGCUGACACAGUGGAACUGUGCUCUCGCUCUGCGCUACAUGUGGUAGCUUGUUCCGUUCUCUUGUUACUGCUCCGGCUGUUGCUUUACACAUGUACAUACUACAUGGGUAAUGGUUUGUUUGGUCAUCUGCUGUCCACCGAUUUUCUCAAACAGGAGCAGAGCUGAAGUGUUUUUAACUCAUCAGUGCCAUUCUUCCAAUCAUUUUUAUUUGUAUUUUUUAUUAUUAUUAUUAUUAUUAUUAUGAUUAUUAUUUACAAUAUGGCUUCUCUGUUUUAAUCCAUUGGUCCAAACCAUUGGUUCUCAGUCUUGAUGGGGCACAGCAGGAUUUCCCAGCUCUCUUCAAACCGCUAACAACCUCAGUACUGCCUGAGAGAGGGGCUCAAUAGGAGCAACGCUUGGUUUAAUGAAGCACUGAAGCAGCUGGGUACAUUGUUAAAUAUGCACCCGCUGCAGGCCGCAGGGACCAUGGUUAAAAACCACAGAUCGAAGCCCUUUCAUGCUACCCCCCUCUAAACGUUCCUAUGUCUGUAAAUGUGUUUACCUUGCUUGUUGGGUUUCUCUCUCUAUCUCUCUUUCCCUCUUGCGAAAAAUAAAAUGCACGUCUAUGGUCGGGUGCCCUUGUAGUCCUGUCUUUUAGUCAAGUGAAAAUGGAUAAAAGUUUGCAUUUGUUGUUCAGUUGUACAGUUGCUAUUCAUCUAUAUGCCGUUUCCCAGAGGUGCAAACCAGGAAUUCAUAAAAAAGAAAUAAACGUCACAUAUUUAAAAAAAAAAGAAAGAAAGAAAAGCUACGGGACAGUGUUGGUCUGCAUUAACUUCAUUAAUUAUACUGUUAUAACAAAAUGUAUUAUGUAUUCGUUUAUCUAACAAAAACUUGAUUGUGAUUGCUAAACUUCAGUAACUAACAGAGAUUCCUAGUAAUGGGCUUCCCAAGUUCUGCCAAUUUAUUCGGGCCCAUUAAGGAAUAUAAAUUACUAUGAAACUAAUUUCUUGCCUCAUGACUCCUGAAAAAAAAAACUUGGCCGCAAGGAACAAACGCUUUGUUUUUCUGUCGCUUCUCUUUUAAUGUUGUACAUUUUUUUGUGUUUUCACUUCUGGGUAACUAAAUGUGUAUCACUGACACUACAACGUCCAGCAUUAAUACAAAAAAAAGUUAAUUGUUAUACGGAUGCAUUAAAAUUAUAUGUACUUGCAUAAAUUGUGGAAAGGUAAUAAAAUGUAAGUAAUGCAUAAAAGAUUAAAACAGUUAUGUAA